AUGUUGAGAUCUGGAGCGGAAUGCCAUCGAUUUCUUGAAUUGCAGGAUGCUGCCGCGAUUGCAGAGCACAUCCGGCGUGAUAAGGAGUUGUGCAAAAACAAUGCCAUCCCAAGUAUUCUGGCUUGGUAUCUCCCUCCGGCAACCUCGCACCUUGGAAAUUCAAUAUCGAUCCAUCUGCAUCCCAACAAUGGGCUAGGAGAUGAAGGAUUCAAGCAAGUUAGACAUCUGCGAUAUGAAUCGGUUAGACAAUCCAUAAAGGCGUAUCUGAGCCAAAUGGGCCAGGGUGGUUUUGGUUUGAACGGUGAAAACCAACUGAAAACAUCAGCUAUCAUUCCAUCAACACACGAGUUUGACGCAACAUUGAAGGUGCUGGACUACCUGCAGGACCACAGCUCAAUGACCCAUUUGACAUCGUUGAGUUCACUGGCAGAUAUAGUCUCUGCUGUUGAAGCACAGCUCUCACUCGACCCAGGCCUCAGGUCUAAAUACAGAUCUAUGUCUCAGGCCAGCUCACCGGAAUGGCUUAAAUGGAGGAGACGAAAGUGUUACAUCUGUCGCUUCAGGGUUUCGGAAAGCCAUCGUCUAUAUCCAUCGCUCUGCCGCCCAUGCGGUAGCUUUAACCUCGCUGGCUCAGAAGCUUCCCUACCAGAACAUCUCAACCUGGAAGGCAUUACGGCGCUUGUAACUGCUGGACGCAUAAAUCUAGGCUAUCAUACUGUUCUACGGCUCCUGAGAUGUGGUGCAAGAGUCAUUGCAUCAACUCGUUAUCCCCGAGACGCCGAGAUAAAGUACCAGGAGGAACCUGACUUCGAAAGCCGGGCUCCACGACUCAAGAUUGUCGGAGCAGAUUUUAGAAGUGCCAAAGAUGCAUUUCGGCUAGUCCGAGUCGUCCAAAAGUUUGAAGGGUUGAAUAUACUGAUCAAUAAUGCCGCGCAAACACUCACCGAUCCCUUAAAAUCAGAGUCCAGGGCAGUCAACAAGGAAGAUAUCCUGCAGACGCAGAGUGGAACUGGAAGACUUUUGGUGGAUAAUGAUACAGGAUAUGAAGCAAGAGUAAGAGGAGGGAUGGGACUUUCAUGGUUCGCUAGACUUGAAGGACAUAGCCAAUUCCUACUAGAAGGGGCGCCAGUGAACGGCAACAAUGGUUUUGAACAAGUUAAACAUCCUCCGCAGAAGGGCCUCUGUGGUGAUAUCAGUGGGGAAGAAGAUAAUGGCAAAUCAUCUUGGACCUAA